CGUCACUUGCAUCUACACAACCAACAAAUUAAAAUUACCGAUUCACCGCGACCAUCCUUCUUUAGAUCCAAUCUUCAAGUCUCUCCAAUUGCAUUGCAAAUGGCCACCGAAGAUCCCAUUGUUGCAAUUGAACCUGCCUCCGGGCCGGUCCCUGAGCCGGCCGACGUUAAACCAGCGGACGAGAAACCGGCUACCAAAGCCUCCAAAGCCAAGGCUGCCAAAGAAGCCAAGGCUAAGAAGCCAGCUGCUCCUAGGAAGCCUAGAAGCCCUCCCUCUCAUCCUCCAUAUGAAGAAAUGAUCAAAGAAGCGAUUGUGACCUUGAAAGAAAAGACUGGUUCGAGUCAGUAUGCGAUUACUAAGUUCAUUGAGGAGAAGCAGAAGAAUUUGCCGUCUAACUUUAAGAAGCUUUUGCUUUUUCAUUUGAAGAAGCUUGUGGCUUCUGGAAAGCUCGUGAAGGUAAAAGGCUCGUUCAAGUUGCCAUCGGCCAGGGCCGUGGCUCGUAAGCCGGCUCCAGCGAAGAGGAAGCCAGCUGCUGCUGCUAAAACCAAGGCUAAAACUCCCGCUGCGAAGCCUAAAGAAACCAAAACUACAAAGGCGGCGGUUAAAGCUCCAGCUAGGCCUAAGCCGGCUGCUAAACCAAAAGCAAAGCCGGCUUCUAAGCCUAAGACGGUUACUGCCAAGCCGAAGGUGGCUCCGGCUAAAGCUAAGGCUGCAGCUAAGCCGAAGGCUGCACCAAAGCAGAAGGCUGCUGCAUAUCCUGCCAAGGCUUCGAGAACGUCAACGAGGACUUCUCCAGGGAAAACGGUGGCGUUAGCUCCCAAGCCGACUCCUAAAAAAGCUUCAGCUCCUAAGCCGGCUCCGAAAAAAGCUUCGGCUCAGAAGAAGGCGCCAGCUAAGAGUGUUAAGCCGAAGAGCGUUAAGUCACCGGCCAAGACGAAGACGAAGGCGAAGGCGAAGGCGACGAAGGGUUCUGCAAGGAGGGGCAAAAAGUGAGGAGAGAGAAUGGAGUAGUGUUGUAGGGAUAGUUUUGUAAAUUGGUGUUAUAGAUGUGGGUCCAUGUAAUACCCAUGAAAAUAUGACAUCGGAUUUUAGUCUCGUUUGUUUUUUCUGAUAUGAUUUUUAUAUUUUUAUUUUGUUUAGGAUUCAAAACAGUUUUUAGAUGUAAUUAUCAGUUGAAUGAUUAUGAGAUGAGCUAGGGUUUAUGUAAUGGUUUACAUAGUGUAUAUUUUAUUUCUCUUUUCACGUGGAAGGGUUAUGUUUUUAAUUUGUGGUAUAUAUGAGUGGUUGCGAAGUUGAAGAAUUUUAUGCAACCUUGUUUUUGCUGUUUCAA